CCUAUCUUUCUUUUUUAGACUAAAGCUCCAGAGAUAAUCCAUAUAAGACAUCAUCCCUCCUCUCUGGCGAACGCAGAUCACUGCUGAUCAGGGUUUACGCACUGACACAUGCUCGCACAAAAAAAAAAACUAAAUGAUAUAGCAGCAUAUGAUUUCUUAACAAAGAAAUUCAUAAAUACAAGUCGUUCAGGAUCUUGACUAAGGCUGUCAUCAUGGAUGCUAAACAAGCCUGCAUCUUUCUCAGAGGAGGAUCAAGGAGACGAACAAGAGCUCUUACACAAGAUGAGAUUGAAGAGUUACGUGAAGCGUUUGUCGAGUUUGAUAAAGACAAGGAUGGUUUCAUAACCUGUAAGGACUUGGGAAACCUGAUGAGGACCAUGGGUUACAUGCCAACUGAAAUGGAGCUUAUAGAACUCAGUCAGAACAUCAACAUGAAUCUGGGGGGACGGGUGGACUUUGAAGAUUUUGUGGAACUAAUGACCCCAAAGCUCCUGGAUGAAACAGCAGGGAUGAUUGGGUUAAAGGAGCUAAAAGACGCAUUUCGAGAGUUUGAUAUAGAUGGUGAUGGUUCUAUCACAUCUGAGGAACUUAGAUUUGCCAUGAAAAAGUUACUGGGAGAAAAUACCUGCAAAAAUGAAAUUGAUGCAGUGGUCAGAGAGGCUGACAACAACGGAGAUGGAAGGGUUGACUUUGAGGAGUUCGUGAAAAUGAUGUCAAAGAAAUAAGAACAACAGAAUGAAUGGAUGAUUGCAAACGGACGGGAAUUCUGUUUGAUUCUAUGCUGAUCAUACCCUACUUCUGAUGAAUAAUUUCACUUUGUUAUCUUGUUAUUUAAGUGGCCUCUGCCUCACACAUUAACACAUGGAGCUGAUUAAUUCCAAGUGAGCAAAGAAGUUUCUUUUCUUUUUGUUAAAACUGAUGGAUAUAAAAUGUGAUGGUGUUGUAGGUAAAAAUAGUUGACGUGUUAAUGUUUCAGUUAUAAUUAUGAAGCGGGUGUUGAGAUGAACAUUAUUUACAUGUCAGAGACUCAAGUAUACAAUAACUCCAAUGUUACACAAACUCGGCAUAAGCCGACAAAAGACAGUAAUACUGUAGGUACCAGGACUCUGCAAAGACACAGUUGCGGGCUGAGGACCAAUCUCUUAUGAACAGCCUCCUUCUGUUAACCCCAGCUUUUCUUUAGAAGUUACAUUUCAGUCACCUCUUUUAAUUCACUUUAGUGCAAAGGAUCAUGAUAGAAAAUGAGCCAGAAGCAUUUCCUUGUACCUUACAGUAGAUACCGAUGUGUGGACAACAUGGGAAGGAAUGACCUAUGUGCAUGCUUCUCCAAAUGAUGAUCAGUUGAUAUGGUCAGCACUGACCUCCCAAAGGUAAUGUUUGACUCUGCCUUCAUUGUACCUGAGAACAUGAUCUCAGCAAAGCCGGCUGUCCUCUACUGUCACUUCUUCACCUCCCAUGCUUCUGGCUCAAUAGGGUGUGAAGGCAAUCCACCGUCUGUUUGAAGAUUCUGUAGUUGAAUGUAACUAGUACAAGUAUAUUUCAAGUUCUGUACUUACAAGUACAAUUUUAAGUUCUAUUUUAUGCUACUUUAUACUUCUACUCCACUACAUUUUGAAAGCCAAUAAAACUUUUGAUUACAUUACAUUUACUUGACAACUUUAGUUACGUGUCACUUGGUAGGCUCAACACUGGGUUAAACUUUCAGAAAACACAGAUGUGAAUACCAGUUGGUGGCAGAAGUACUCAAAACCUUUACUUAAGUAAAGUAGAAUUCCCCCAAUGUAAAACACUCUGUUACAAGUUAAAGUAGUUUCAGUAUUGACAUCGAAAUAUACUGACUAAAACCCCCCAAAAAAGUAAUCAUUAUACAGAAUAGCCCAUUUGAGAAUAAUAAAUAUAAGAUGACUGAAUUAUAAUAAAUGAUUUAUUAAUGUGAAAGCAUUACUAAUGUACCGCUGGUAACGCUGGGGCUGAUUUAUAUUAACAACGUUUAUUUGUUGUUGUUGUCUAUAUUUUUUAUUAUUAUUCUGAAGCUCAAGACACAUUGCAGUUUUGUAGAAAAAUACAAAUUUUGAGAAACUGCGUGAUGUGUGCUUUUUUUCUUUGCAUAAUAUCUGAUUCUGAUUCUGAUUUUUGCUGCAGGGCUUACACACUGGUCUGACAAGAAAUGGUUCCACUGUGCUCAAGUAGCUAUCUUGCAGUGAGAUAUAAAGAUCAAAGAUUAUGAAUUGUAAUAAUUGGCUUUCAGUUGUAAACAUUUUCAAAAUGAUUGAACUAGUGCUGAUGCAGUGGAAAAAAAUGCCCCUGAUGGGAAUUUGAAGCCAUUUCUAACUCUUGCUGGAGCAAAUACAAGAGGUCCGCCAUCGUUGUAUGGUUAAUCCUUUAUUUAAUAAAUGUUUUGAAAAACACAUACAAAAAGACUGAUUUGAAAGAUUAAAAACGAGCAGACGAGAUCUAAAAACAUUACUCUCACAAAACAGCUGAGGUUGAAAAACUGUGUGGCUUCCCAGAUCCCUUGGCUUCCCUCUCCCUCAUCUGUGUUCCUGUGUUUCCCUUUCUAACAUCUGAUUAGCACUUACACACAGGUCCGCAGGUGACGUAACAAACAAACCAUUCACACAGACCUACCACACACAGAAACACACACUAUACACAUAAUAUUUGCACAUGUCCAAAUUGGCCACAACAAUUAGAAAAUAAAUAAUAAUCUGAAUCUGAAUAGGAGAAAAUCAGUAAGUCAGUCUGUCCAUCUAUCCAACACUUUGUUCCCCCAACACUGUUCAGUUUGUUUUGAUGAUACCAAUUCAAUUUGUCUAACACCACUGUCAAGCCAAAAAUGUGUCAGUUUGGUCAAGUCUGCCCUAUGGGCUUUAAUGGCACAAACAUACUAAUUAAGUGCAUGUGUGUAUUUGCAUUUUUAUUUUUUGUGUGGUGUGUGUGUCUGUAAAGAAUAUACCAAAAU